CCGCCCACCCACCUGACCCCAGACGUCCUGGCCGGCCACAGCCCUGUCAGUCGCCAUGCUGGCAGGGGGACAGCUCCAAUUCCACGGCCAGGGGACUUCAGGUGUUGAGACCUGCAAGGCGGAUGUCUUGCCUUCUCUUCCACUGAAGAACCUUCUGGCAGAAGAGAGACCACGCACUGCCACAGCCUCUAAGGGUCCCCUGUCACCGAGCCGAUGAGGACACACAGAAGCCGACCCGCUGCCUUCUCCAGUUAGACAGGAGUGCAGGGCGGUUCGCCGAACCCCACCCAGUUCUGCCUUUGUCAGAGGGGCAGGGGUUUGGGGGACUGAGCCAGCCACGCCCUUGGGAGUGGAAGGCUGUUGUCGACUCCACCUGGAGGGUAGGGCAGCUGUGGGAAGAGGCCUGGGGACGAGGAAGGGCAGGCUGGAACCCAUGUGUCCACUCACGGAUGUCUCGUGGGCCACACAGGAGGGCCUGGGAGCUGUCCCCAGAGCCGCAGUCACCCACCCACCUUGAGCCGGGACCCAGUGGAUCUGGAGGGCUGUGACCCUGCCGUGAUCACAUGCCACUGACAUGGGUGACAGCACAACGUGUGGCUCAGCAUUCAGCUGCCGCCUGUGACAGGAACCCCCUGGUUCUGAGAGGAUACAGUCCCCUCAUGCAGGCCCAGUGACACCCACUCCUUGGAGAGCCUUACAUCCCCAGACUGGGCCUUUCUCACGAAGGCAGAGGAGGCUGGGUGCAGGGAGAAGGCAGGUGUUCACCCACACGCUUACACACGGAAACAAGGAAGGGCCCUGCACGAGCUCAGUCCCCAUGUGUUCAGGGUCAGCCGCACCCCAGUUCCUUCAACACCACCCAGGUUUGCUUUGCUGCCACAGCCUCCUUGCACGGCCACAGCUUAUCUUCUGGUGGUGACCCAGCUCCUGUCUGGAAGGCCCUGGCCACCAGGACUUCCUGUAUUGGACAUCUGUGGUCAUCAGUUUUCAUCACAGGCCCCGGGAUCCCGGCUCUCUCGUCCUGGCCCUUGUGUGGUCACAGCUCCCUCACUGUCAGGAUCAGCCCCCUGAACCUCCUCGGUGACCAUGACGCUUUCUCUGCCUGUGGCUUUCCUGGUCUGUGGAGCCCGGCAUGGCUGGGGACAGUCUCAGCCUUCCUGCUUAGUGGAACUGUGGCCACUUCCUUCCCCUGGGCCAGUGCAUCCAGAACCCUGGGGAGGGAGUGGGUCCAGAGGAGCCACUGCCCUUCGUAGCCCUGUCCUUGGGCCUGGCGAGUCCUGGCUGUGGGGCUGGGUCACACACCUCUGGGAGAUACUUGGAGAUGUCACCCAGCCCCCUGAGGUGUUUCCAGGGCUGGCACUGUUGCUGAGGUUCAGAGCCUGUUCCUUCUGCCUGUCUGGUGGGCUUCUGCAGGCUGCUGUACUUCAUAUGUAGCAUACAAGGCCCUUGCUCAGUCAGGGCUGCAUGGGAAGGCAUGGAAGGAAGUUCACUUUCAUUAUCCCUUCCUGCGGUAGUGGACAGUGGUGACAGCUCUUCUCAGGGGCAGCUGAUAGGGGUCAGUGCUGGCCUCUGCUGUCUGCAGGUGGAGGACCGGAAGCACCUGGACUGUUUUUCCUGAGUGGAAGGCUACACUGCCGAUUUUCACGCUCACCUCCUCAUGGCCACCACAGCCACUUGUAUGUGAAUGAGAAUCUGAAGGUGACGGACACAUGUGUGGGUCAUGGUGGCUGCAGGCUGAAGUGGCUUUGCCGGGCACUGACCUGGCACAUGGGCCCCACACUUUCCCCAGACCACUGGGAACCAGUUUUCUAUCAGGUUCCCCUCAAGUCCCGAGCACACAGCCAGCCUUCAAGGCAAUGCUGGUGAAUCAGAGCUGACAGGAGGAUGCGGCAUGACAGGAACAGGCCAGGGCCAUUGAAGCUAGAUGCUUUUGCCACUUGCUCACAUCUUUGGGACCUGAUGCAGUCUGCUUCAGUGUAGACCACAUUAACCCACUUCAGUUUGAUGGCAGGAUGUCCCUGUAGACCACUGACUUAUUUACUUUUCUUAUGGUGGAGACGAAAUAUCUGACAUCCAAAUUGAAAGAGGGAAAGAUUUAUUUAGCUCACAGUUUGUAGAGGUUUCAGUCUGUAGUCGGCUGGCUCCAAGGCAGGGUGGCAUGGCAGAUAGUCAUUGCAGAGGAGAAACAGUUCAUGGUGGGCAGAAGGCAGCAAAGCAAGCAAGGGAACAAACAAGUGACCGUAGCAGCUUCUCUCUGCCUCUUUUUAUAGUCUGUCUAGGGUACCAGGAUUAGAAUAGUGCCAAACCAAUCAGAGGACUGAUUCAGUAAUCAGACACCCUCAAUCCCAGCAUCAUACUCUAUAUUCAGCAUCCUCUGAAAAAGCCCCACCUAUGACCACAUGAGGCUUUGCGGGGACAUCUAGACACAGCCAUAACAACUGCUCUGAUUGGUGAAGGAGUGCCCCAUAGAUGGCUCUGAUUGGUGAAGGAGUACUUCGUAGAUCGCUCUGAUUGGUGAAGGAGUGCCCCGUAGAUUGCUCUGAUUGGUGGAGUGCCUUGUAGACCGCUCUGAUUGGUGAAGGAGUGCCCCAUAGACCACUCUGAUUGGCGAUGGUAUGCUCCUCGAUGCACCAAAUAACCCACAGUUCAUGUCAGGCAGCUCAGGUUGCAUCCUGCCUUGGUGUCUCGUGGUGAAGUCUUCAUCUCUGCUGGAGCUUCAGCAGCCGAAAGUACAAUAGUGAUCUUCAGAGGAUGAUGUAACUGUGCUUCGAAAUCCCAGGGGUCUGCGAGAGCUUCACCUGCCCGAGCCUGCCAGAGGUACCCAUCACCAUCUGGAACAGCUGGGGUUUGAUUAGAGGAGCAGAACCUCCAUGAUAAGGAGCAAGAUCUUCUAGGGAUUAGGCCUGGCACAGCCACGGGCCAUUUCCAAACACGAGUCGCUCACUGCUCACUGCUCUGCACAGAACCCCGGUGGCCUUCCUUCCCACUCAGAAGUGAGAGCCACCGUCCUCACAGGGGAGCCCAGAGGAGCCUCUGCAGAAUCGAGCUGUGCUCCCUCAUGUGCUUGGCUUGGGCACAUCGCCCCCGCAGGGCCCAUCUCCCCCUAGGGUGUAAGAAUAAAGCAGAUUAUGACUCGGACGCCAUGAGCAGCUCCUAUGAGUCGUACGACGAGGAGGAGGAGGACGGGAAGGGGAAGAAGGCCCGGCACCAGUGGCCCUCGGAGGAGGCCUCCAUGGACCUAGUGAAGGAUGCCAAGAUCUGUGCCUUCCUGCUGCGGAAGAAGCGCUUCGGCCAGUGGACCAAGCUGCUCUGCGUCAUCAAGGACACCAAGCUGCUGUGCUACAAAAGUUCCAAGGACCAGCAGCCACAGAUGGAGCUGCCGCUGCAGGGCUGUAGCAUCAUGUACAUCCCGAAGGACAGCAAGAAGAAGAAGCACGAGUUGAAAAUCACACAGCAAGGCACAGACCCACUGGUGCUGGCGGUGCAGAGCAAGGAGCAGGCGGAGCAGUGGCUGAAGGUGAUCAAGGAGGCCUACAGCGGCUGCAGCGGCCCUUCAGAGCUGGAGUGCCCACCCCCGGCCAGCGCCCCGCUGCAGAAGGCGGAGCUGGAGAAGAAGCUGUCUUCAGAGAGACCCAGCUCGGACGGGGAGGGGGCCAUGGAAAACGGAGUCUCGUGCAACGGGAAGGAGCAAGUGAAGAGGAAGAAGAGCUCCAAAGCAGAGGCCAAGGGGACGGUGCCUAAAGUCGCCGGGAAGAGGAUCACCAAGAUCAUCGGGCUGGGGAAGAAGAAGCCGUCCACCGAGGAGCAGACCUCGUCCGCCGAGGAGGACGUGCCCACCUGUGGCUACCUGAACGUGCUCUCCAACAACCGCUGGCGGGAGCGCUGGUGCAGGGUAAAGGACAACAAGCUCAUCUUCCACAAGGACAGGGCUGACCUGAAGACGCACAUCGUCUCCAUCCCACUCCGCGGCUGCGAGGUCAUCCCGGGCCUGGAUUCCAAGCACCCCCUGACCUUCCGGCUGCUCCGAAAUGGACAGGAGGUGGCCGUGCUCGAGGCCUCCUCUUCAGAAGACAUGGGCAGGUGGAUCGGGAUCCUGCUGGCAGAGACGGGGUCGUCCACAGACCCGGGCGCCCUGCACUACGACUACAUAGAUGUGGAGAUGUCGGCCAACGUCAUCCAGACCGCCAAGCAGACCUUCUGCUUCAUGAACCGACGCGGGUUGUCCACCAGCCCCUACCUGGGGAGUGCCGCCAAUGGCUAUUCGCACCCCAGUGGAACAGCGCUGCACUACGACGACGUCCCCUGCAUCAACGGCUCGGGCUGUGCGCUGCAGUGGGACUCGGAGGACGGCGGCCGUCCCACCUGCUGCGGCCGGGGCCCGGGAGAAGAGGUGCUGUACGAUAACGCGGGCCUCUACGAUAACUUGCCAUCUCCGAAAGUCUUUGCUCGCCCCUCUCCUGCCGACAGGAAGGCUUCGAGGCUGUCCUCUAACCACUACAAGUCCCCCACCUCAGGCCUGCCCUGCCUCCCAUCUGUCACUAACACCUCUUCUGUGGGGAGGGCAUCUCUCGGGCCGCACCCCCAGCUCAAGGGGAAGAAGCCCCCAGCAGCAUCUAACGGGGUUCCGGGGAAAGGGAAGACUCUGAGCAGCCAGCAGAAAAAGGCAGAUUCCACAGCCGGCAUGAAGCGGACCCCUUCCAAUGCCGACCAGUACAAAUACGGCAAGAACCGGGUGGAGGCGGAUGCCAAGCGCCUACAGACCAAAGAGGAGGAGCUGCUGCAGAGGAAGGAGGCGCUGCGGAACAGGCUGGCGCAGCUGCGGAAGGAGAGGAGAGACCUGCGGGCCGCCAUCGAGGUGAACGCAGGCAGGAAGACCCAGGUGGUGCUGGAGGAGAAACUGAGGAAGCUGGAGGAGGAAUGCAAGCAGAGGGAGGCGGAGCGCGUGAGCCUGGAGCUGGAGCUGACCGAGGUGAAGGAGAGCCUGAAGAAAGCCCUGGCUGGCGGCGUCACCCUGGGGCUGGCCAUCGAGCCCAAGUCGGGGACAUCGAGCCCACAGUCCCCUGUGUUCCGGCAUCGGACUCUGGAGAACUCGCCAGUCUCCAGCUGUGACACGAGUGACGCCGAGGGGCCCCUGCCUGUGAACAGUGCCACGGUCCUGAGGAAGAGCCCGCCGGCCAUGGGAAGCUCGCGCUGCCGGGGCCACGUGCUUCGGAAGGCCAAGGAGUGGGAACUGAAGAACGGGACCUAGGAAGGGAGGCGGCCCCAGGCAGAGACUGCAUCCCGCUGGCUGCCCAUCUGCGACGCGGUGCUCCCUGGGUGGCCCAUACAAGACGUCCGAGGCUCUGAGGCCAAGCCCUGCCCUGCCACCUUCGCCCGCCUGCCCGAGUGUCCUUCCUACUGUAGGAUGGUGCCCUUCUGAAGAGUUUACUUGUAAGACUUUAGCUUCCAGUUUUUCUUGUUAAAAAAAACCAACAAGAACCAGAAACAGAAAGGAAUGAUGAGUGUUGUGAAAGAUUCUUAGGCCGAUGGACAAGCUGCCUCUCUCCAACCAGCUGAAUGACUGCUUGGACCAGGUCCAGCCCCACCCCAGCUGACAGGCAGCAGACGGCCGGCCGGACAGACCCUGGUCCCUGCCUGUGCCUGGCUGGACCUGAAGCGGCUCCCAGGCCCUGCCUCCCCCUCUCGGGUGUCCCAGCUCGGGCAUGCAGUGUCAGGAUUGCCCUUGGCCAUGCAAAGGUUGGGGUUCUGUAGCUGAGGUGGGGCUGGCGUGGGCACUGUCCAGCACCCUGUCCACUUUAGCACCCUUGAGAGGCGAAGGCACAAGAACCUUGUGCUGUGAAGCCAUUUCUACCUUCUAAUUCUUUCUUCCUUUUGGAUGGACACUUUUGUCUCCGGGCCACGAACAGGUGCCAUUGUUUUUUAAAAUGUCCCUUUUUGCCAUAUGUUUCACUGAGUUCUAGAGUCUUCAGAGCCGAGUCCUAUUUUGUUGAUUAUCUGCACUGCUGGUGAUAGGCAGCAGGCGCUUUAUUUGGCUAGUGCGCCCCGGCCUGGGCCCCAGCCCUCCCACUGUGCACAGCGGUGAUGCUGCUCAGGUCCAGCCCCUCACACGCCUCGAUGCUGCUGGCUGAGUCCCUCUGCAGGAUGUCCGUGGGCCAGCGGGAGGCAGUUUCUGGGCUUGUAGGGCUGGGACCUGUGGAACCUGGGAGCCAGAGCCACCCCUCUGUCCACUAAGGCUGGCACCGCUGCCCUCUGUGUGGUGCCCCUGCAGCGUCCAGGUGCAGGGAACGAGAUGGGCAGCACCUCGGCUCACUUCCGCCUGGUCUGCAGGGGCGCCAUCGGGGAAGAUGGCCCCGACCAUGAGGAGGGGACAGCACCGCACCCCACCCGCCGCACGCCUUUUGUCCCCGGCCCAGAGCACUCUACCGCUGGCACAAAGCGCCUCCCGUGCUGUCCCCAGAGCCGCCCUGGGGUGUCGGGAGUCUGCCCCACCAUUCCCAGGCCUCGGACUGGGGUCCGUUCUCUGCAUCACACCCUGAGCCGGAGGGGCUGUCGGAUUUACUUGUUGAGUGGGAAAGUCACCUGGGACAGGAGAAAGUGUCCCAGCGAGGAUUAGCAGCUGCUCCCCUGGUCCCCUGGAACCACCUGAAGCCAUCUGCGAGUGUGAGUCGCCCAGUCCUCGGUUACACCAGUGUCCAGCCGUUCCCUCCAGCAGGCCGCCAGGCAGGCAGCGGGGGAGGAGCCCUCCCUCAGGGCUGGUUUCCCACUGUCGCAGGGAGCUUUAUUCCAUAGGAAACUACAUUUUUGUAAAGGGAAAGAUUUAUAGACCAGAAAUUUUUGCUGUUGUUGGAUCUAAUAAAAUCCACGAAGCCAGGCUUGUGGGCCAUUCUGAGUGGCAGCCACCUGGCCAAGGGGGUGCUGCUGGUUUCGGGUUGCUCCUGAGAGGAGGGAGGCACCAGCCUCAGGCCUGGGUGGAUGCCCACGAUCCACAGCAGACGUGCAGCAGGUGUCCGUGCCAGCAGCCCCCUCUGCACACACACCACUCACUGUGGUUUGUCAUCCACUCUUGUUACCAGAACGCUUUGAAGGAGGCAGCAAAGGUUCUGGGGUGUCUGCAGUGGCCCUGAGGAAAGCAAGCUCCCGACACAGGUCCUGGGCCCUAUGGGCCCUGACAUUCUCAGAUUGGACCAGAAAGUUAGUUUAAAGCAUUUGCUUCCAAGUUAUUUAUUUGUAUAUGUCCCGUAAGUGUAGCUUUAAUUUAUGCCUGUACAUAUUAGACACACAGAUACCCGUCCAAGUCUGAGGGUGGUGUCAUUUGGUCACCCUCCCAAAGCAUGUCCCAGCAUGACCCCGGCCGGGGGAUGGCACAGGCACCCCUGGUCCUAGGCACCGAGGCUGGGGCCAGGUGCUGCGGGGUGCAGGGCAGGCUGCCCGGGUCCAGUGUCUAACGCGUCACCUGCCACCUUCACAGGCAGCUGUGCUCGCAGAGUGAGGCCCACAGAGAGGGGCCGGCCUGGGACAGGUCAGGGAGGCCCGGCCCUGCGCCUCGGCCCUUCCCGCCACCGUGAGGCACUGGGUCCCUCCCUGGGUGCUGCUCCUGGCGCAGUUGGGUGAAAUGGCACCGCCUGCAGAGCCCCUCUGUCGUGUUCCUGGAUCGACCCCUGCAUAGAGACAGCCACGCUGCCACAGGGCACUGUCGCACCCACCUUGACACAAGUGUUGGCCUUGCUGUCACUCGCCUCAAGAGUCAGCACCCUGCAGGCAGCCAGGGGCCAGGAUGGCCAUCCAGAACCUUCGAGAACCUUCCCUGGCGGGCUGCUUGGGUGAUUCUAAUAGCCACACCCACCCGGCAGGGUGCGGGUCCCACUGGAGGAGCCUUCACAGAGCGAGUCCGGGCCCUGACCCCCGGGUACAGGGGACAGUGUUGCUCCCCGGCCGGCUCUGCGUGUCCCCGGGUGCGCCCAUCAGCGGCUCCCCUGCACACCAGCACGCUCCCACCAAGGUUGUGGCAGCACUGCAGUGACAAACGACUCCCUUCCUCCUUUUUUUCUACAAUAAUUUUUAACAGGAAAACUAAUUUCAAGUGCAGGAUGUGAUUUUUCAGGAGGUCACUCAGUGUCGGGGUCCUGCUGUUGCUGUCUUUUUAUCAACCCCACGGUGGGCUGGGUUCAUACUGUGAAAUAAACUGCAAAUAAAAGACCGUGUGCAUUUGGGGUGCACACAGUGCAGCCCUGGGGAGGCCCAGAGAGGCUGUCUGCGGGUGGGCCCCCAGCCCCCCAGCCCCCCAGCCCCAGCUGCAGCUCCAGCCCUGCAAGGCUUCCUUGCUGCGUCUGCCGCUGCGCUCACAGUGGCCCAGAAAGGCCGCCUCGUAUGUAGCGCUCCACCCCAGGAGUCUUCCUCACGGGAUCCUCAGAUCACAACUCUUAGGGACCAAAGGUGUUUUUAAUAAGAUCAUCCUCUAAUUGAUUUUCUAACAAGGAAGGAAAUACAUGUUACAUUUACAUUUUAACAUCAACUUUUGCAUUCUAGAUAUCCAGGAUGAACUGCCCAUGGCCAUACGUUGUAAAAUGUUUUCAUAUUAAGAAUGUAAUUAUUGCCUUAUUGUAUUUUUUAAAAACUGAAGUCAUAUUUAAAAUUCUCUUUGAAAGAAACAGGCAAAGAAACAGGAAAGCUUUUUUAAAAAUUAAAUAUGUUGUCCGUGCCCAUUUGGAAUGACUAAAUGUCUUCACUGUCUGUAUUUAAAUCAUAAAGUAGGGAAAAAAAACUUUUGGAAAGAGACUUAUAGUGGAAACCCACGUUUCAGCCACGGACCCCAUUUUGUAUCAGCUUCACUUGAAUCCUCCGCUUUUGGACUGAGUUUCCGGCUUUCCUCCGCGGCGGGGUAGACUGGCGCCUGCGGCGCGACGCACGCUUAUUGUUAAUAAAACGUUCGACCGGG